CCACAAUCUAGGCUCAAGGAGUAUCAUGGCGGCGGUCAAUAGAGUCUUGCAUACAGCAGGAAAGUCAUCCAGUAUAUCAUUGGCUGAAUGCUCUUUACGAGCAAGUCAAAGAUCAAGAAUAGCCUCCAGCAGCCGAUUGACAACGCAAAGUCAAUCCCUACGUCUCUUCUCCAGCUAUCAUGCUCAACAUGCUGUUCCCGUUACAGCAACUUCCAGUCUAGGCACAGAAGCCGAUGCAAAGGUAUUGCGAGAACUAUUCGAUUCGCCCGACCCGAAGAAAUCAACGACUGAUUUGAGUAAAGGUUCAGCCGGCUUAUUCUUAUCCGAUGCUCUUUCUUCGACCGACAGCUUUGAAGCACUUGCAAAGCGAACAGUAUUGCGAUGUCAACUUAUAGUUUCGAGAAUAUUGUCAGCACCACAAAAUGGUCCAAACGAAAUGCGAAGAGUGGUUCGAAAUUUGGACAGAUUGAGCGAUCUGUUAUGCGGAAUUAUCGAUUGUGCGGAACUGAUCAGAAACGCUCACCCAGAUAAGAGUUGGGUGGACUGUGCAAAUCGGACUUAUGAAGGAUUGUGUGGCUAUAUGAAUGAACUCAACACCCAUACCGGACUAUAUCACGUCUUGGCACAAGUUUUGAACGAUCAAGAAUUACGUUCUCAAUUAUCGCAAGAAGCUUUGGCGGUCGCUUAUGUCUUUUUGAGGGAUUUCGAGAAAUCCGGCAUUCAUUUACCCGAUCAACAAAGAGCAAAAUUUGUUCAAUUGAGUGAUGAGAUUCUUGUUCUAGGGAGAAGCUUUCUACAAAACGGCGCAGAAGUACAAUCUGGAAAAGGUGAAAUAUUUGAGGAUAUCCCGUUAGAAUGGCUCAAGGGAGCUUCUAAUCAAAUAGUGGAUGCCUUACGCAAGUCACACAUGGAAAAAGACGGAAAGCUUCGGAUUCGUCAUAAUUCAUGGGCUAUGCAAGUGCUUGCCAAGUAUGCCCCUGACUCAAGAGCUCGAGAAGUAGCAUACAGAAGUAUGAAUUCGGGAACUCCUUCACAACUCAAAGUUUUGGAGAACUUGAUCGAUCGAAGAGCAGAAUUGGCAGAUCUGACAGGCUAUGAAUCUUUUUCAUCAAUGACGCUAGCUGACAAGAUGGCAAGGAAGCCAGAAAAUGUUGACCGUUUCUUAAAUUCCUUAACGGAUCAUCACAAACAACUAGCAUUUAAAGAUCUAGAAAAGCUAAGCGAAUUGAAACAGGCGGAAGAGGGCACUUCGCAACUUUACGAAUGGGAUCGUGACUAUUACGCAGAGAAAUUCAUUCGAAAUCUCAACUUAAAAUCUACGGCCCCACCAAUCGGAAGUUUCUUCAGUGUGGGAACAGUUUUCGCUGGCCUUUCACGUCUCUUCGAAAACCUUUAUGGAAUCACACUUCGAAGUGCAACUCCACUCAAAGGUGAGACAUGGGCGGAAGAGGUGAGCAAAGUGGACGUCUUGGAGGAAGGUCGUAAGAUUGGUACAAUUUAUGCUGAUCUGUACAAUCGAUCGGGCAAGCCUCCCUCCGCGGCACACUAUACUGUCAGAUGCUCUCGCAGAACAGACGAUGAUGAUGAAAUGGGUGAUUUCUACUAUGGCCGUUUAUCAUCUGGCGAACAAGUGAGCGUUGAAGAAGGAAUGCGUACACUGGCAACACUCGAUACUAAUCCGGUCAGUGCAACAGACCGCGAAGGAAUGUACCAAUUGCCAAUCGUUGUCCUCUUAUUUGAUUUCUUACGCCCGACAACAACCGGUCAGCCAAGCCUAUUAAGUUGGCAAGAAGUCGAGACACUAUUUCACGAAAUGGGACAUGCAAUUCACUCUAUGAUCGGUCGAACAGAGUAUCACAACGUAUCAGGAACGCGAUGUGCGACUGAUUUCGUUGAAUUGCCUUCAAUCUUGAUGGAAUAUUUCGUAUCUAGUCCAGAAGUGAUAGGCUUGGUUGCACGACAUCAUGCCACAGAUGCUGCUUUGCCCUAUUCUCACUUGCAAUCUCAUUUGGCCGUUCAAAGAUCUCUCGAUUCGCUUGAUACACACAAUCAAAUCGUUUUGGCAUCUUUGGAUCAAUUGUACCAUCGACAAACAGUACAAAAGCCAAGGGAUGAUACGACAAAGAUGAUGAAAUCCUUACAAUCACAGGUAGGAAUACUUCCUCCAACCAAAGGAACUUCAUGGCAAGUCAACUUUAGUCAUUUGUUUGGUUAUGGUGCAACAUACUAUAGCUACUUAUUCGAUCGUGCAAUCGCUUCUCGGAUUUGGCAAAAGUUAUUCAUGAAGUCGCCUUUAGAUAGAGAAGCAGGUGAAGCUUUCAAGAAGCGUGUUCUGGCUCACGGAGGCGGUCGUGAUCCAUGGCACAUGCUUGCCGAUGUCCUUAAAGAUGAUAAUUUGGCAGAAGGCGCAGAAAGUUCAAGAGCAAUGGAAGCGGUUGGAAGAUGGGGAAUUGCUGAUGUAGGCACAAAAGUAUAGAUAUGCACACCACUUUCACACAUAUUAGAAAUCAUGUAAUUUUUUGGCAAUUAUAGAAUACAAUAGUAACAGAUCAUUUUGACC